CCUAUCAGUGCCAGUCAGUGCCACCUAUCAGCGCCAGUCAGUGCUGCCUAUCAGUGCCGCCUAUCAGUGCCAUCAGUGCCUCCUCAUCAGUGCCCAUCAGUGCCUCCUCAUCAGUGCAGCCUAUCAGUGCCCAUCACUGCAGCCUCAUUAGCGCACAUCAGUGAAGGAAAAAAAUUACUCAUUUACAAAAUGUUAUAACAG